GAACUUAUCUUCAACGAGGGAAACUGUGAAAUAUUCACAACGCACGCGGCCGAGCGAAAUUCUCGACGAAAAUGCGUCGAGUUCGGAAACAAGAUCUUUGAGAUUUAUUCCUCGAGGAAAUCAAGGAAUUUGAGGAAUCGAUCGUUCGUGUAUUCGAGGAACCCUUUUAUGUGAGCCCUUUUUCUCGAGCGAAACUGUGGAAAAAAUGGCUUCAGGCCACGACUUACCUACAUAUCGAAAGAUGGAAAUAAUGAAAAUCGUUGUAUUCGCUCUUCCGAGUCGAUUCGAACGUGCGAUCGAAAACGUGUUUGAAAUAAUAAUAUAUAAUAGAUCUUACGUUAGAGACUUUUGUCAAGUAGAUACUUCAAGAUGGAAUUUUGUAGAAAAUGAAUUCGUGCGUAUUCGAACGACGUUAGAUUUACGUCUCUAUCGUUCACUCGUUAUCAUCUCUUUGAUAACGAUGAGUCUUCAAAUAGGUAUAUCAAAUAUAUCUUCGAUUCUGUUGUAGAUUUCUUCUUAAAAGUAAUCCAUGAGUCAGAAUUGUGCCACUCACGUUUGCAAUGCGUACUUUGGUCCUUUCCUCCGGCCCGACGUAGCUACAUAUCUUUUUAUUAUAUUAAAGCCAUCCAAAUGGACGAUUAUUAUCGUAGACUUUUCUACUUUCUCUCUCUCUCUCUCUCUCUCAUUUCUUCGUUUUUUCAUCGUCGUUAUUUCAGCACCGAAAGAAAAUACGGUAACGGAAUAUAAAAGAACCUUUGUCCGUUCCGACGCAUUACUCUUCCCGAGUAUGUACCAAAACGGAACGCUAGAGAAUAUAGAAAGAAGCAGUACACUUUCCAUUCUUUUCGCGAUCGCAAUGUUUGAAGGUUUUGAGAUUUGAAAAAGAAUUACGAAAAGCAAAGUCGUACGUUCGAUUCAACUCAUUUCUAUCGUGAAUUCGUGCGUAAAUCAUGCUCAUUUUCUCUGACAUACGUGUAACUUCGUUAUCUAGAAUUGCUUGAACUAGCUUAAAUGAAGAUUGAAAAAAUAAAAGUUUGGAGAUGGAGGAAGUAGGAGGUAGCAGUAAUAGUAGUGGUGGUACUACUAAAAACAUACUCGACCGUUUUUCGCUCACAAAAGACCAACAUCCUCGUACAGCAGCGUCGCAUAUAAGAGGGCAAACUUUGCAUAACGACGAGAAAACGUGUAAUUAAAAAUUUUACUUGUUCGUUCACUUUCUAGAAAAAACAAGUAGAAAUCUGAUAAAAAGCGAGACGAUGAUUACGAACAUUAUACCACAUAUAGUACGUAUAUUACUUAUCGCUCGAACAUCUUGUUCGAAUAGCUUCGAUCGAUCUGUUUCCAAAGUUACGUAUCAAACGAAAUGGAUUAAUCGAGCUGUUGAUUAAUGGCGAUCGAAGAGAAAUAGGUAUUUAAUUAAAAUCGAGCGGAACCGCGAGCUUCCAUCGAGAAGAAUUACUAUGCGUCAAAAGCUUGAAGCACGCCACUUGUCACGCGAUCCCUUCGCCAUACCUACGUACCGGUAUAUCAGUAUUUCGUGAUAUAUAGAAACGAAUUUCUAAUCGUAAAGAAUAAUAUUCAUUGAUCAAAGUAAUUACACAAAGUUAUCGCGAAAUAUUCCAACUUUCAAUUUUAAUACGGUAUACGAUAUAUCGUAUCUAUAUACAUAUAUCUAUUGUUAGAUUCAUAUGUACUUAAGAGAGUCCACAUAUAACGUGCGAAUCGCGAUUCGAUCUCGACUGCUUUCUGUCACUCGCGUACACCUUCGCGUGUCGUUGCUUUUCUUCGAUUAGUUAAUGUUCGAGCGAUAAGUGGAUGAAUUUUAAAAGUAAUUCUAAGAUCGUUCAAUAUUUUUUUCUUUCUUUCCUUUCUUUUCCUUUUCUUUUUUUUCAACGAUUAUUAAUGAUUCGUGUUAGUUAUUUGUGAUACAGUCGAUAGGCAGUUUCAUUUUUAACUCGACUAAUUUCGACGAACGAACGUUCUCCUUUCUUUUCGAUAUAGACGAAGAGCUACAGAGAGAGAGAGAGAGAGAGAGAGAGAGAGAGAGAGAGAGAGAUCGAUAAAAAAUAUUUACAGAUUACUUCGAUUAAUCUUCAAAGUGAUGUAGCCGUGCAUACUUAUAUAGAUCUUUUACACGCUGCUCCCGCACUAUAGAUAAAGUGAAAAUAAUAUUUAUUGUUUUUUUUUUUUGUUCCUUCUUUGAACGACAAGCAAGCUUCAUUUAGUUGACCUACUCGCGAAAGUAAAUCGCAAAAAGUAAAUUCGAAUAAAUUGGAAAGAAUCGUGGAUGAGCACAAACACAGGAGUAAAAAGUAAGUAAAUUGACGUUAUUUGUUAAACGAACGUUUGCUGCGCGCCCGUUCCCAUGGAAAUGAUUCCCCGAGGAAGAUAAAAAAAAGAAACAAGUUGAAAAAUAAGGAUCUCCGAGAUUCGUUCUGCAUUCGUUCAUCCAUCAUCGAGCAACGACUCUUCAACGUAAAACCUAAGUGGACGUAAGAAAUGUUCCUAUAACAUCUGUCGCAGCUGUUGGAUCGAACAAAUUAGGUAUUGACUAAAGAGACAAAAGAUAUGUUGUCGGACACCGAUUAAAAUAGACGUUUUCUUCGUAUCGUAGCAAACGAAAAGUAGCCAAAGGAAAAGCAGCGUUGAAAUUGUGACAAAAGAGUCCAAUGCCUGAAUGAUUAUUGACUGUCGUUACUGUAACGGGUUACGAGAUGAUAUCCUUUUGAUUAACAUUUCUUUUUGAUUUCCUUCGUGCAUCGAAUUGCGAAAAAGGGAAAAAGAAAAAGAAAGAAAGAAAAAAGAAGAAAUGAAACGAUACUUGCUUCUUUCGCGUAACAAAGAAACAUGAAAUAAUGAGAUUAACCUUUUCGUCUGGUUUCCGCAUAAUCGUAGGAACAAAUCUGACCUCGAUUUCAAAUGCUUUUUUCUUAGUUGCAGUGACAAAAACUUUUCUUCGACGUGAACCGCGUUUCAGUUCGUAAACGUCUGUAAUCCGUCACGUUGAAGGAUUUAAUAAUUUGAACGUUAAUUAAUUUUCCCAAAAGUCCAUUUUGUCGGCAUAGCGCAUGCCAAAUCAUUGAUUGAGUCGAGCAUACCGAAUGUCCCGUUUAUUUGUUUUUUCUUCUUUCAUGGCUCUCUCAGCAAUAUACGAGUAUAUCGCGAGGCCGGUUGCAUAAAUUAACUCGCAUGGUUUCGUGGAUCUCGCACCUAGAUAAGUAGUUUCCAAGCAAGAGAAUGCACUUUAAUACCUAUGCCAAUGGUCGGUUCUACAAGCUCAAAGCAGUCCCUAUCGCAAGGCUCGAUAACUUUAAGAAGAAAGAUAAUGAAGAUAAUAAUAUAUCCGAUCUCAAGCGAUUAAAUCGUAUGAUACGAUUUUGCGAAAUUUGUCUCGUUUGUCUCGCUUUUUUUAUUUUUACAAGUCACGUAGAUUUCUUAUUUCUAGCUCAUUCCUAAGGAGAAUCAGGCAGAACUGCGCGUUAUCUAAGUAAGUAAGGUUUCGGGGGAAGAAAGAUGGCGCAAAGAUUUUAUCUCACAUCGUAGCCGUAGCUCCAAAAACCUUUCACCAUGUGCGACAAGUAUAGUGGAUCGUGGUCCGGUUACUGCAUCGAUCUUUUCAAAGAACCGCAGCGCAUUCCGAACUUCGCCUAUGAGAUGAGAAAACCUUACGAUAUCAUGUACCAAAGUUACCAAAUAAAGUCUUUAGAAUAAAGAAAUACUGGUGGGAACGAGUUGGAAGAUUGGACCAAUAAGAGAUGCCAAUGUCAGAUCGAAUAUUCGACUAUUUGUGGAUCACCGACUUCUUUUUUUUUUUUUCUUUGUACGAUCGAAGUUAACAACAUUUUGUACGACUAAGUACAAACGAGUAAGACACUCGGAAUAUCCUGAUUUAAAAAGAAUCGAGUAUCAUAAUCCUAGGGAUAAAUAAAGGACAAGUUCUUUCUACCUCGCGUUUUUCCAAGUUAGUCUUAGCUCCAAGAGUAAUUCAACCCUUUGUCUCGUACUUCUUUUCAUCUCAUCUUAACGCGCGGGAUACGAAAGAGAUUUAAUGUCGAGAGAAAAAUAAUCAAUGAGAAAACGAUGGAAAGAGAAUCCUGAAAAAGUCGAUUGCGGACCUGUAACAGGAAUAAACGGUUACCAUCGUAUCGAAUUAGAUACAUGAAUUACCUGAAUCGCAUGGCGUAUCCCAUUAAUACUCGUAGUGAUAGAAAUCGUGAUUCUUUGUUUUGAAUAUUGACAGUACUAUUACGUAUUAGGAGUAGCGGUCUUGAAAGGUAACAUACGUCGUAGGUAGAGAGAUCGAUUCUGCCAACGUGAUCGUCGAGUGCUCGCUUUCAAAUAUUCAUGCGAAUUUCUUCGCAAGAAAUAACUCGACGUAUGGAAACUAAUAUUUACAUUACGUACAUUUUGAGUCUAUUUCGGUGAUCUUCCAGCAAAGAUCCUUGAAAAUGGAAAGUACAAUAUUUCGUCUAUCCAUGUAUGUAUACGUAGGUCUAAAGGAGAACCUUAACAUCUAUUACCCUCGUCGCCGUUGACGAAAAAACAUGUAGGGUUUUAAAAAUGAUGAGUUUAAGGCUAUCCAUCGCCUUCUUCACAUGGCGUAUGUGACUUGAGCGACUGGUAUGGACAAAGUAUGAACUAGAAGUGCCUAUCGCAUCGGUGUAUAAGCCGCGUGAUGGUUAUUUAGAAUUUAAAUUAAUUAGAAUUUUUCGGUGGGUUUCUCUAAGAAACUAUUUUAUACAAUCAAUUGAUUUAUUAACCAAAGUAUGAUUGGCGUAUGAUGAAAGGUGUAGUCCAAGGUGAUGUCCAGUUAAAAAUAGAAAGAAAAGGAAACGCACUGAAACAUAUUACGGGCCAUUAUCGCCCGGUGGUACUUGCGUUAUAUAAUCCAUAUAUGGAUUUCGAUAGAUCGCAAAUAAUGCCGACCCAGGUCUCGCCACGUGGAGGUUGCUGCUUUUGGAGGUUUGCGAGCUAACGGCGAGUUUGCUUUCAAAUCCGCGGUACUGCCUUGCGAUUACUCGCAAGAAGAAGGUGAAAUUCUAUUAUCGGAUUUGGAUCAAAAAGAGAAAACACAAAACAAAAUAAGAAUCUGCAAGCGUACUUAUCUAAUCGGUAUCGGGGUUAAGUCCUUAACGUCGUCACAGCGACCUAUUCGAUUACAGCUUACCGUUAACCGGGGGAUCCUACUUACGUAUUCCCUGGCUCUUCCAAUUAACGAAGAGUAAAUGGUCGUCGUUCUAACCUUCAGCUAUUGUGAUUCGAAGUUGGGAUCCAUUAGCAGCGCGAUGCACUUAGCAAUAUAAACGUACAUAUAUAGGAUACGUAGGUAUAUACGGACCGACCUUCCUUCCUUUUCCUGAAAACUUUGUUUUCUCGUCUUUAUGUCGGCCAAUACGAAUACAAUGUACCUACAUGGACUAAAGUUGCUUUAUCACAGCUAAAAUAUCAUGAAUUAAUGUCGUUAAUUGUAAGCAGAGAAUUUUGAAAAAGUUUCAAGAUCAUUAUCUCGAUCCUUUUCAGCGUGUAUUGUACGAUUAGAACGUUCUCCGUAAGUUUAAUGAAUGCUCGUGACUGUAAGUAAUUCAUUAAUAAUGCGCUUUGCCUUCUAAAAGAAUAUACAUAUAUAAUGUUACAUUGUACAUAUAUAGGUAUAUAUGACCUUUUCGAGCGGAUACAUAAAUCAACCUUCAACGAUUUGUUACUUUUUCAUCGUAAAGGAAAGGAGAAGUUAAAGGAAUGAUAAACCGAUAAAAAGUAUCGUUUAAAAAAGUGCCGCGAUAAAGAGAAAAGUAAAGACGCCCGAUGAAAGAUGUAAUUGAUUUUUUUCGGCAAUUAUUCUUUUUACUUAUGUUGUUCAAUUCGUUUAGUUCGAAGGAUUAUCAACAAUCGUAAAAUGGAUCGCCAUGAGCACGAGAUCGAGUCGAGCCUUGUUGAUGGAAUGUAUGAAAAAAUCAAUAUGACACCAAUUCUAUUAGCGAAUAAUUGUGACGUAGAUAUAAUUAUUAUAUGAAUAUAAUUGUUAUAUAUAUAUAUGUAUUAUCGUAUGCACACUUUUGGCCUGCGUACCUAAUUGUCAUCGAUAGCGCGUAUCGUAAAUUAACGUUACGCUUUUAAGGAAAGUUUAACGGAAAUGCGCGAGAGAUAAUUAUUCAUUUAAAGUCCAUUCCGAUAAAUGGAAGAUAAUUGUUCGAAUGAUAUCUAUAUCUAAGGAAGAUCUGCCAAAUACGAAUCAAAUACGGAACCAAAUGCGGUCCAUCGUUUACGCUGAAUACAAACGAUAUUAAAUACUAAAUAUGUUAGAUGCCUAUAUAGUAAAUGAAGAUUUUUCGAAUGAGUGUGAAAAUAGAAAUCGGAACUUUCGGACAUCGGAAUAAACGAAGGGAAAUAUAAGAAGGAAGAGAACGUUAUUAACGAUUAGAUAAUAAUCAGGAUGGCAAUAAUGUAUAGAUCCUUUGUAAAAAUAAAGGCGAGAAAGUCCAAAGGAUUGAUUGGGUCAUCCCCGAGGCAACCGAUGGGCAAACAAAAAUAAGCGAAGCAUCGAGCAAAGUUCCAGUUCGACGACUAGCCUUGUCCAGAGAACAAGCCGAUAUUCCUCGUAUAGUCAAAAAUUGAGCCGUCAUCGUGUGUCCAUCAUUUCAGUAGGACGCUGUCAUUCCCCAACGAAUCGCGACGCGAUAGAAAAUCUAGAAAGGGGAAGGAGUACAGGGAAGAGUUUAACGGAGUGAUUCUCGACCAUGAACUUUGCUUUCCCUACAUUAAUCGCCUCCAUCAUUUACGUUCUUUCGCCUAAAUCCGCUCAAACUCUGGUCGAUGGUCAGACAAUAGAAAAUAAGCCGACGAGAAAAGGGACCGUAACCAAUCCCAGGCCGGUUAAUAUUUUCGUGAUCAACGACGAGGCCAACGGGAUAGCUAACGCGAGCAUAGAGGCGGCCCUGAAAACGCUUCGUGAUAAAUACCAAGGUCACUUAGGCCAAGUUUACUCGGUGCAAGCGAACGGAUCCGAUCCCCAGGAUUCUCUGCAUCGAAUAUGCGAUGCUUGGGAAAAAGCAAUCGGCAGAGGUACGGAUACCGCGCCGGAUUUCGUUCUAUCAACGGCAAUCGCCGGUUGGAGCGUCGAAGCGUCGAACUCGUUUUCGAGCGCACUCGGUUUGCCAACGUUGUCCGCUCAAUUUGGACAAGAAGAGGACCUACGAUAUUGGAGUAACUUGGACUACGAGAAGAGAUCCUAUCUCGUGCAGGUAAUGCCGCCGGCUGAUCUGGUGCCCGGGAUUAUUCGAAAAUUGGCCAUUUACCUUAAAAUCACAAACGCUGCGAUACUCUUCGAUCGUAACUUCGACAUGAGCUACAAGUACGACAGUCUUCUGCUGAACGUACCGACGAGACACGUGAUAAACAUCAUUGCACAAACUGUCGACGACAUGAAGGAACAACUUUCGCGUAUGCGAGAUUUGGACGUUGUGAAUUAUUUUAUUCUGGGUGAGGGAAAGACCAUCGAUAUGGUCCUUAAAACCGCGGAAGCUUUAAAUUUUACCGGCCACAAGUACGGUUGGUUCGCCCUGACUAUGGAGAAAGAUAUUUGGCCAAAUUGCAAUUGCAAAAAUAUCAGUCUACUUUUCAUAAAACCGGAAUUGAGAGAUACGGAGGAUACGACGAGCGUCGACGAUUCUCUCGAAGCUGUUCUACCUAGUCCCUUCUUAUCGUCCGCCUUUUAUUACGACUUGACCUUGCUCGGCGUCGAAAGCAUGAAAUCCGCGAUAGAACGCGAGGAGUGGCCGCUACUACCUUCUCACAUCGGUUGCGACGAUUACAAUGGCAACAACACACCUAGCAGAAAUUUUGAUUUUUUCGAGAAGCUUCGGGCUACCUCGAAGAAUAUGACGCCAACCUACGCCGCUUUCAAAUGGGGUAAAAAGAACGGAGAGCACGGGGCCGAUUUCCGAAUGUCCAUCAAUUUGGUCUACAUCGAGAAAGAGAUUCUGACUUCCGCCGAAAAUAUCGGAAGUUGGUCGGCUGGAGUAGACUCGCCGUUGGAGGUCAUCAACGAUAUUAUCGCAAACACCACAGCGGUGACGAGCUACAGAGUCGUGACGGUGAUCCAUCCGCCGUUCGUCAUGUACAAGGAAGAGACAGGCGAGUGGUAUGGCUUCUGCAUCGAUCUGCUCAACGAGAUACGCCAGACUGUCGAGUUCGAAUACGACAUACGAGCGAUAGAUAAUUACGGUGAGAUGAGCGAGAAUGGCAGUUGGAACGGCAUGAUAAAAGAGCUAAUGGAGAAACGAGCUGAUAUCGCACUCGGUACUCUUUGGGUGAUGGCGGAGAGAGAAAAGGUCGUUGAUUUUACCGUCCCUUAUUACGACCUCGUUGGUUUAACGAUAAUGAUGUUGAAACCAAAAACUCAAACGUCCCUCUUCAAGUUCCUCACCGUUUUGGAAAACGAGGUUUGGUUUUGCAUACUCGCCGCUUACUUCUUCACGAGCUUCCUCAUGUGGGUCUUCGAUCGUUGGUCACCCUACAGCUAUCAAAAUAAUCGUGAAAAGUACAAGGACGACGAGGAGAAGAGAGAGUUCAAUCUGAAGGAGUGUCUUUGGUUCUGCAUGACCUCGCUGACACCUCAGGGCGGUGGCGAGGCACCAAAAAAUCUCUCGGGACGGCUCGUCGCUGCUACUUGGUGGCUCUUUGGUUUCAUCAUAAUCGCCUCUUACACGGCGAAUCUCGCCGCGUUUCUUACGGUUUCUAGGCUCGACACGCCGAUCGAAUCUUUGGACGAUCUUAGCAAACAGUAUAAGAUUCAGUACGCGCCAGUUAAAAAUUCUGCGGCGUAUAUUUACUUCGAGAGGAUGGCUCACAUCGAGGCUCGAUUUUACGAAAUAUGGAAGGACAUGAGCUUGAACGAUAGCUUGUCGGAAGUGGAAAGGGCAAAAUUGGCCGUCUGGGAAUAUCCUGUCAGCGAUAAGUACACGAAGAUGUUUCAGGCUAUGAAAGAGGCUAACUUCCCUGCCAACGUGGAGGAGGCAAUUAGACGGGUUCUUCGUCUUGAUUCGAACAAUGAAUUUGCCUACAUCGAAGAUGCAUCGACGAUCAAGUAUCUCGCUAUGACGAAUUGCGAUGUUAUGCAAGUAGGAGAGGAAUUCUCGAGGAAGCCUUAUGCCAUCGCUGUGCAACAAGGCUCACCGUUGAAAGAACAAUUUAACAAUGCCAUUCUAAUAUUGUUGAAUAAGAGGAAAUUGGAGAAGUUAAAGGACAAAUGGUGGAAACGUAAUCCCGAAAGGAAGGACUGCGGAAAGGAGGACGAGCAGAGCGACGGUAUCAGCAUUCACAACAUCGGUGGUGUCUUCGUAGUGAUUUUCGUAGGCAUUGCUUUCGCUUGUUUAACAUUAGCUUUCGAAUAUUGGUGGUAUCGUUAUCGACCAAAGAUCGUUAAAGCCUCGAGGCAAAUCGCCUCGACUCCAAACGGCAAAGCUGGGAAAGCCGUAAGACCAAUAAGAUUUAAUUUACAACCGGCGCCCACUCAUGGAUUUCAAGCCACUCGAUUUAAAUCGAGGUUUUGAAUUUCUUCUGCUUUUUCGAUAGAAUUACUCGCGCGUUUGAGUUUUUGCGUCAGGAUUGCGCACAUGGCUGCUGUGUGUAUCUUAUCAUAUAUCGAUAUAUUCAUGUUUAUAUAUAAAAUAUUGUGUGUCAUACAUCAAUACCUUCAAAAGAUUUUUUAAUUGAAAAGGAUAUUGUUUUCUAUCGAUCAACCGUGUUCUUUCCUCUCUCUCUCUCUCUCUCUCUCUCUCUGUGUUUCCUCUCCUUUACGCUCCUCUUUGUCUACACGUCUUACGCCAUGUAAGCAUUUAUUUUUACUGUUGCCAUGUAUGGACCGCGCGUUUAAUAUCUUUCCUUUGAUCUUUAUCGUUACGAGUAUAAACAGACAAUAAGCAACGACGAAGCAUUAGUUGCCGCCACACGGAGCUCUUCGAGAUACAUGAGACACCGGCGAAAAGUUCUAAACAUUUUUCUAAAAAGAAAAAAUCUUUCCGAUCGAUGCAUUCGUUCUUUGGGAUCGAUACUUCUU